AAAGGGUUGAUAAUAAAAAUAAUUCUGACUUUGUUUUUGUGUAACUUAACAAUUAAAUGUUUAGUCAUGUCUUAUAGAACAUAUAAUGAACUGUGGGCACAAGCUCAAUUAAUACUGGACGAGGCUACAAAAAAUGACUCGAACCUACUUACAUCUAAAAUCAAUAAAGAUAAAGUUGUUGUGUUUAAAGAGUUAUCCACUGUCAUGGUCAGUUAUAUAUUAGCUAUUAAUAAAUUGGAUGAGUGUUAUGAUCAAGUUAUUCAACCUCAGAAACGAAUACUUAUUAGAAACAUUCUGGAAUUGUCUUUGGGACGUUAUUUAGAACUAAAAAACGACAUGGUCAAUUUGAACUAUAACGAAUUUACUUACUUGGACUCAGCCACUGCACAGCUAGGGUUAUUACCACAAGAUGUAGAACUGACAAUACCAUCACAUUAUCGAAAUGAAAGGCUUAAAACAAUUGAAUGGCAGAAUAAUUUUAUUGACGAAGUUUUGAAGAAAACAGGUUUUUAUGAAGAAGAAAAAAUUGAAGUUGAUAUGCCCAUUCGACAAGCAAUAUUAUUAAUACAAAAGCACGAGAGGGCACGACAGGGACGAAUGAGAGCUCAAUUCAUGAAGGAGGUUAGAGCAAUGAAUAAACCUGACGCUGGAGAUGUUGAACUUAGUGAUAAUGCAAAAAAAGCUGCAAUGAAAAUACAGAGAGUAUGGCGAGGUUUUAUAACGCGGAGAAAAAUAAGAAGCAGAGUUGUUGAAGAAAUGUUGUUGAUUGGCAUGUUACCUCCAAACUCAAUUGAUACCGAAGAACAACAAAAAGUUGAAGAAGUUAAGAGUGCUAGAAGGAUUGUUCAAAUAAAACGACAGAAGGAAUAUGAACUAGCACUAAUACAGGAAAAAGAAGAAAUUAAAGACCAUGUGAAAGAAAAAAUGAAAGAAGAUAUCAGAGAUGAAGUAAGAGCAUGGUACAUGGGAGUUAAAUCACAAACGGGUAAAUUUCCAGAUUUACCAUCAGAAGAAAGUGGUGGGUCUGCAGUAAUUUAUACUAGAUACAAAACUGCCAGUUCUCACAGUAAAUCAACUAGUCAGUCAUCGUCUAAAGGAACCAAGAGUCACAAAAGCAAAUCAAUUGCGGGAAAAGAAUCAAAGGAAGAAGUUAAAAAAAAAGCUGACGAAGAAGAUGUUGGUUUCAAAAUGGGACCUUCAAAUUUUCUCCAAGAACUCAUGUUGGCAAGUUCAGAAUAUGAAGAAGUAUGGAAAGGAAUGGAUGAAUCAAAAAACACGAGUCAAAUGCAUAUUAAAAGUAUUGUUAAGGCUCAAAAAGUAGCUGAAGUAGAACGAGAAUUACGGAAGAUAGUUGAUGUACAUUUAAGAGCUGAACUUGAAAUUUUGCAAAAUGCACUUGAUAAAGAUAAUGCUAUUCGUACCAAAAGAUCAAAGAAACAGAAAAAAGUAAAAAGAAGUAACAAAAAAGCAAAGAAAAAACGGGACAAGGAUUUAACUCCUGAUAGAACCUUGGAAUCGUUGUUCGAAGAACUGGUGAUGAACGGUAUUAUACAUAAGUAUCCGGCCAUCCGGUUAAGCUCAUUCAAGGGAGACGCGUCGUACGCUGGUUGUGAUGUCAUGCGGUGGGACAACGAUCCAAGUCCAACGCUUGGUGACGUCCGGCACGCAGUCAGGGACAGCUGCGUGCUGCCGAUGCUCAGCGACCAGAUACAUCAGGCCGGGCCUGCGGUGCGUUCUGUACUAAUCGCCGGAGCGCACGGAUCCGGCAAACACACCCUGGUCAACGCCGUAUGCACCGAGCUGGGGGCUACGCUGUUCGACUUGACUUCGGCCAACAUCGUGGGAAAAUAUCCCGGAAAAUCGGGACUCACCAUGUUACUCCAUCUCGUCAACAAAGUGGCCAGAUUGCUUCAACCGUCAGUGAUAUUCAUCGAAGAUGCGGAAAAGACAUUUAUGAAAAAAGUACCGAAAACUGAUAAGACUGAUCCGAAAAGGCUUAAAAAAGACUUGCCUAAGCUUGUCAAGGUUAUCGCUCCAACAGACAGGAUAUUGUUGCUUGGCACUUCUUGCUGUCCCUGGGACUGCGAUCAAAAAUCUUUGACUAGCACGUAUGGGAAAAUAAUCGUCAUACCUCGCCCGGAUUAUGCCAGUCUGUAUCACAUAUGGAAUGAUCUUUUAUUUCAGUAUAGUGGACUCAGUCGAAAAUUUGACGUUAGCUCCUUGGCAAAACUAUCUGAUGGCUAUAGCAUCGGAACUAUUAUUAAAGUGCUCCAAGAGGUGAUGACGUGCAAAAGAGUAUUACAACUGACGAUUCGCCCUCUGAUGCAUGUAGAAAUCCUGAAUGCACUUGCUCGCCACGAUCCAAUUUACAAAGAAGAAGAUGAAGCGUUCAACCUGUGGUAUUCGAGAACACCUCUUGGUCGAAGGAAGCAAAAGGCGCUGGAUGCCGAAGUGGAAAGACGAAUGAUUGAAAACGAUAAACAUUCGGGUGCUAAAUGAGCAGAAUGUAGUCUAUUUUUUCUAAAACAUUUUUUUAAA